UAGGGCCCAAAAAGAGGUCUUUCUUUUUUACUCAAACCCUUAAAAAGCCGUAGGCCUUCAUCUUUCAUUGACAGCCGCGCUGCGUCUCUCUCUGUAACAGGUAAGACAUGGUUAAGCAUAACAAUGUUGUGCCAAAUGGGCACUUCAAGAAGCACUGGCAAAAUUAUGUCAAGACAUGGUUUAACCAACCAGCUCGAAAGACUCGCAGACGCAUUGCUCGUCAGAAGAAGGCAGUCAAAAUCUUUCCUCGACCUACUGCUGGGCCUCUUCGACCCAUUGUACAUGGCCAGACUUUGAAGUAUAACAUGAAAGUGAGAGCCGGUAGGGGGUUUUCUCUUGAAGAACUCAAGGCUGCUGGUAUUCCAAAGAAACUUGCUCCGACAAUAGGAAUUGCGGUUGAUCACCGUCGCAAGAAUCACUCCCUGGAAGGACUCCAGGCUAACAUUCAGAGGCUGAAAACAUACAAGGCCAAAUUGGUUGUCUUCCCAAGACGUGCUCACAAGUUCAAGGCUGGUGAUUCUGCUCCUGAGGAACUGGCAACUGCUACUCAAGUACAAGGACAUAUUAUGCCUAUUGCAUGUGAGAAGCCAUCCGUGGAGCUUGUGAAGGUCACUGAGGAGAUGAAGUCAUUCAAGGCUUAUGACAAGCUUCGUGCGGAGCGUACAAAUGCACGCCAUGUUGGUGCCAGAUUGAAGAGGGCUGCAGAAGCUGAGAAGGAAGAGAAGAAGUAGGAGUUAGACCCUGUCAAGGUGAUUUUUGAGUGGGAACUGGGAAUUUUGUUGUUUCAUCUUGAACUGGGUUCAAUUUACUGGUUUCCAACCUGUAGACUACCAUAAUUUUUUAAAUUGUCAAUCGAGUUUUAGCAAGGAUUCUUAGUUUGUGGACAUAAUUUAUUCAACUUUCUCCUUGUCCCACUGAUGU